UAUUUAUUUUAAAUAUUUAUUUAUUAACAUAUUUGUUAACAUUAACACAUUUUCAUACUCAGCACAUCCAAGAAUAAAUUUACUGAAGUGAAAAACCUACUACACUGGAUCUAUUGCAAUACAAGUUACUUAGUUAAUCAUUCGUAAUCUACCAAAUUUGGUAGCUAAUUUUAAUUGAAGCAAAAGGAGCAAAAUAAUGACAUAAAUAUGCUUUAUAUAAUUACCCGAGGAAACGAAAAUGAAACAAAAUAAAACAGGCAUUUACUUAAAAACACGCCAAUCACCUUUAUAAUACAUUCAGUGGAAGUUAAAAUUCUGCGUAGUUCAUUAUUAAAUGAUCUGUAGUUGUUCUGAGCACCGCGAGAGGCAGUUCGCCAGAAUCACUAGAGGGGCGCUGUGGCGCUGUCCAUGUCCGACUGGUCCGCGCUGACGACCUGACAGCCUUCACCAAACAAUUAAGAGAUAUUUCUGCUAGUUUCGGCUCAAGAAAUAUCCUUUAAUUGUAAGGUGAAGGUUAUCAUUCUUCAUCCUGCAUGGAGAAAAAUGUAAAAAAAAAAAGUAUGUCGGUAAAUUUCUGCAAGAAACAUGAUUUGAGUCCCAUGGACGUGUUUUUCUUUGAGGAAAAAAUAAUUUGUUCCAGCAUGAGCUGAUGCCAGACUAGAGUCGAACAACUCACCUUGUGUGUAAAACAUUUUAUUGUUAAAAUGCAUAUUCGCCAUAGUAUUUGACGUUAGCCAGUUCAUUCACUAUUCACUGUCAGUCUCAAUCACCCACUUGUUUUCCUUCGUUCCGUGGUUCCUACAGACUCCGCUUCUUUUCUUUUAUCAGGGUGCUACCGGGCAAAAUAUCCACCGGUAAAUGGCUGUCUUUUUUCUUUUCACUCCCACUUCUGCAGUCGCUGUCGGCGCGCCGAACUUCUGUGGAGAAUUUGAACCGUCCGCACCGGCAACUUUUGCUUCCCUCCAGCAGCCCUGAGUUCAGAUAGGCGACAGAGUGAAGGUUUGUGUUUCUCUGUAGGAAAAGAAUAGUUUAGGCUAGCAAUAAGUCUUUGAGGAAAUGUCCCUUCCUGGUGCUCAGCUGAACUUCACAGGUGUAGGGCUGCGCUAGACCGCCCGUCGCCACUCCGCUGCGGCGACUCUCUCCGGCGCGCGCGGAUUUCAUUUCUCCUUGGUUUUUACCGUACCCGUUCCGAUCUUUCGAUUCUUCGGUCACGUGGUGCAGCGAAACGCAAAAGACUGCGAGCAUUGAGAUGGCGAGAGAGUGAGGGAGAGAGAGAGGGGGGGUCUCUCAGAGCUGCAGUUAGCAGUAUCCAAACCACACUGAGAGCUGGAGCGCGCGGACUCGUUGCUUUGCCUCUGACCGUGGUACCCCCGUCGUUUCCCUUGCUCUCCUACCCCUCCUUUUCUGCUUUCCUUCCCCUGAGAGCUUCUCUUUUUUCCCCGCGAAUAUCCUUUCUCACUUUCAAUUUUAAUAGAUCUUGGAGAAAGAUAGAAGUGACGCAUCCUUGAUCUCCACAGUCGCUCGCGCGCACGCUCCUUUUCUUUCUGGAAGUGGAUUUUUGAAGCGACGCGGACGCGUGGAUGAUACACCGGGGCGAGAACUGGAGAUGGAGUUGCUCGUGAUCAGCCUCUCCUUAUGGAUCCUGCAGUGCCGCUCAGCUCGCGCGGACUCCAUUAUUCACAUCGGAGCUAUAUUCGAGCAGAACGCCAUACGGGACGAUGAGGUUUUUCAGCUCGCCAUUUCAGACCUGAGUCUGAACGACGACAUCCUCCAGAGCGAGAGGAUUACCCAUUCUAUCAAGCUCAUCGAGCCCAACAACCCCUUCCAGGCGGUACAGGAAGCCUGUGAGCUCAUGAAUCAGGGGAUACUCGCUUUGGUGUCGUCUACAGGAUGCGCAGCAGCCAAUGCGCUACAGUCUCUCACGGAUGCCAUGCACAUUCCUCAUCUGUUCAUCCAGAGGAACGGUGAUGGGACGCCCCGUGCUGAGUGCCAGCUUAAUCCCAGUCCUGACGGGGAACGGUACACGCUGGCUGCUCGGCCUCCUGUGAGGCUCAAUGAUGUCAUGAUCACACUCGUCUCUGAACUGCGCUGGCACAAGUUCAUCGUUUUCUAUGACAGCGAGUACGAUGUGCGGGGACUCAGAGGGUUUUUGGACCAGGCUUCUCGAAUGGGUUUGGACGUGUCUCUGCAGCAGGUUGACCGAAAUGUGACUAAGGUUUUUUCCACGCUCUUCAGCACAAUGAGAAUGGAGGAGCUGAACCGCUACCGGGACACACUGAGACGGGCCAUUUUGCUGCUCAGCCCUCGCACUGCACAGGUCUUCAUACAUCAGAUUGUGUCAAAGCAGCUUGAUAUAAAAGAUCUAGCAAAUUGUUACUGCGGCAGCGACUCGGCCCCAGCCAUUCCCCUCAUGGACCAGCAGAGGUCACUCUCACCUGCCUUUUAG